UUCAAGCAAAAUUGGUUGGACGUGUUCACCUAUUGUAUGGUGUUCGGAAGCUUCGGCAUGGGCGUAGCUUGCCUUGGACCCACCCUAUUGGAUUUGGGUUGCCAAACGGCCACGGACCUCCGGGAGAUGAGUUGGGUAUUUUUCGUCCAACUCUUAAUGACUUCGAUUGGAACUAUCGUGGCUGGAUACCUUGCUAACAAAUGCGCCGUCGCCUUCCUACUCUUCCUCGCCAUGGUCGGCAUGCCAUUGACCAUGUUCGUCAUCCCGUCGUGCACCGGUCUUGCCAGUCUGGUGCUCAUCGUCAUGUUGAUGGGGCUGUGCAUGGGAUGCAUCGACUGCAUUUCCAAUCUUGGGAUGAUCAACCUCUUCAAAAACAAUGUCUCACCAUUUCUUCAGGCCAUGCACUUUUCUUAUGGUAUGGGAGCUUUCUUAAGUCCGAUGGUCGCUGAACCAUUCCUGCUAAAUGUUGACUGUUCACCGUUCAUCGAUGGCUAUCUCAUACAGAAUCUGAAUUCAAGCCAUAACAACAUGACUGCAGUCACUGUGCCACCAUCUCCUGACCAGUUGCUUAUCUUACAAAGGGAGAGUAGACUCAAGAAUGCCUUCUACAUCAUCGGAGCCAUUCAAGUAUGUACUCUUCUUCUCUUUCUUCUUCUUCUUCUUCUUCUUAUUAUUAUUAUAAUGCAUGGAUGCAGUACCAGGCAGUGGCUCUCAUGGCUUUUGAUGUUAACUGAUUGUUUUGAUAUUUAUAUAAAUUUUUUUAUACUUAUGAUUUUUAUAUUUAUAAUUUUUCUUUUAGAAAUUCCAAAAGAUGAAGGCAAAUCAUUUACUUCGAGGUGUUUCACUUGUGGAUCAAAUCAAACCAUUAUUCUGACACUUCUUGCUGCUGGGGCCAUGUUUUUAUUUGAUGGCUUACAGUCAUCUUACGGAGGCUAUGUAUAUUCGUAUUCUGUGAAAUCUGUGACAGGACUAAAGCAGUCAGAAGGGGCCGUACUCAAUGCUUGUUUUUGGGGUACUUUUGCUCUUGGCCGUCUCAUUGCCAUUGUGUUGGCGUCGAGGUUCACCGCUGCUUUCAUGUUGCUUGUUAACAUUGUUGGUGUGUGUGUCUCUAUAACACUAACGAUUAUACUAAGUGGUAACCACAUAGGUAUCUACCUUGGAUCAUGCUUUCUGGGACUCUUUCUAAGCAGUGCUUCCCCAACCGUUCUCUCGUUGACAGAACAAUUUGUCAACAUUAACUUAACAUGA